AUGUCAGACCCAAGGCCUCACGUUGUCGGGGCUGUGAAGCUCCUCAGCUUGAGGAACCAACAAAACAGUGCAUCAGGGUCUUUCACUCAAAGCUACGAUAGAAUAAAUGUCGAAAGCGUGCUGUAUCAGGGCUUCUUGCUAUCUAUCAGAAGGCCUUUCAGGCCUGACUUUCGAUUAGACUCAGAAUUCAUCACUCACGCUGAAGAUUUGCUUCACUCAUACGCCAACUCAAAUCCAUCUUCCUCAAAACCAAGCAUCGUGCUCGGGGUACCUACGUCACUAUAUCGACUUAUACUACGAAUAAUCGACUCUUGUAAUGUCCCUCGAGGCAGUCUUCUAGAUCACCUGAAGGGCUUGAAGGCUGAGCUGCAGUACUGGGAGCAGUUGCUACUUGACGACGAAGACAGCCAAAGCCCUCAACAUGGUGAUUCACGCUUCAACGACCUGAUGAUAAUCGCAACUUCACUCCUCCUGGAUUUAAUCACGGGAACCCUGACGUCGUGGGACAAUACAGAUUGGCCUCCUACUUCGGUUCGAGACGGGGAUGGAAAGCCUUGGAGAUGGCAACUCGAUUUGGCUAUGAAUAUUCUUCAAUGCCCCGAGGAACACCAAAAAUGGAGCGGUUGUUACCUGGGAGCACGGCCAUUGCUGAUACUCGGUUAUGGUGCCAGGUCACUUGAAGAGAUUACUCUGGUGAAGGACAUCUUGAGAAAGAUGCAACAGCGCAUAGGAUAUGGCGAGGUUCAGAGAAUACGUGAAGAGUUGGACGAGAUUACAACGUAUAAAGUUCCAGAUGGUCAAGUACGCCAAGAAGUCCUGGGAUAA